CAUGUCAGGUUCUGGGAGAAAAGACUUCGAUGUGAAGCACAUCCUGCGACUCCGCUGGAAACUAUUCAGCCAUCCCUCCCCGUCCUCAAGCAGCCCAGCGGUGGGCAGCUGCCUGCAACAGGACAGCGGCGGCAGCUUUGAGCACUGGGGACCCAGCCAGAGUCGGCUGCUCAAAAGUCAGGACCGGAGCGGUGUGAGCACUUUCUGGAAAAAACCUUCCUCUUCUUCCCCGUCUUCAUCAUCGUCCUCCUCGUCCUCUUCGUCCUCUUCCUUCAGUCCACUGAAUGGCACCUUGCUACCAGUUGCCACCAGGCUGCAGCAAGGGGUUCCUGGGCAGGGCACCCAGCAGCCAGCCAGAACUCUUUUCUACGUGGAGUCUCUAGAGGAGGAGGUGGUAACAGGCAUGGACUUCCCUGGACCAAACAACAAAGGGUUAGUACUGCAGGAGCUCCAAGUCGAGUCAGCCAGCUCCAUCCAGGCAACAGGUGAAGGAUGUGGACACAGGUUGUCGGGUACCAGCCAUUCACUGACACCUCAAAGUGAUUUGGAUUCCAGUAGUUCUGAAGAAUUCUACCAAGCUGUCCACCAUGCUGAGCAAACAUUUAGGAAGAUGGAGAGUUACUUAAAGCAACAGCAGCUCUGCGAUGUUAUCCUAAUUGUUGGGAAUCGAAAGAUACCUGCACAUAGGCUUGUUCUGAGUUCUGUCUCUGACUAUUUUGCGGCUAUGUUUACAAGUGAUGUUUGUGAAGCCAAGCAAGAGGAGAUCAAGAUGGAAGGCAUAGACCCGAAUGCUCUUUGGGAUCUUGUUCAAUUUGCAUAUACAGGGUGCUUGGAAUUAAAGGAAGAUACUAUUGAAAACCUUCUUGCAGCUGCUUGCCUUCUUCAGCUUCCUCAAGUAGUAGAAGUGUGCUGCCACUUCCUCAGGAAGCUUCUGCAUCCAUCCAACUGUUUAGGAAUCCGGGCAUUUGCAGAUGCUCAAGGGUGCAUUGAAUUAAUGAAAGUGGCCCACAGCUACACAAUGGAAAAUAUAAUGGAAGUUAUCAGAAAUCAAGAAUUUUUACUCCUUCCUGCUGAGGAGCUCCAUAAACUAUUGGCCAGUGAUGAUGUCAAUGUUCCUGAUGAAGAGACCAUCUUUCAUGCAUUAAUGAUGUGGGUGAAGUAUGACAUGCAGCGGAGAUGCAGUGACUUGAGUAUGCUCCUUGCCUUUAUACGACUUCCUCUUCUCCCGCCACAG